AUGGCUCUUCCGCUCGGGAAGCUUACCAUCCUCAUCGGUGCAGGUCUUGUUGGGUCAGUGCUUGCUAAAGAAGGGGGCUUACCAGAUGUUUCGAAUUUGGUCUCCGGUGCUUUUAAGAUGGUAUUUAGGCAACUAAAACAAGAAGAAUCUACCAAAUCAACCAGCAAGCCCCGCGAUGAUAUACUUGUGGCCCAGGUUAGCAGUCUCAGGCGUGAGUUGCAGUUGCUGGCGUCAAACAGACCUAUUACUAUCGUUACGACAGCAGGAUCAGGUGGUAGGAAGUAUGGUUUGAUCAUUAUUAUUGGGGUGAUAGGCUACGGAUAUGUAUGGUGGAAGGGUACAAAACGGGAGUUAAGUUCCAAAAUUGACGGGAUGGAUCUUAAGGUGGAUGAAAAUAUAGUUAUUAUUAAAGAAACAGGACGACAGGUGGAUGAACUACGGGAUGGUACAGCAAAUAUUAAGGGUGACGUCAGGUCUGUUUUUGAUGCCGUUGAAACUCUGGCAAGCAAAGUCUUUCGCAUUGAGAAAAAUCAGGCUUUGCCAUCAACUUCAUCAGUGCAAGCCAUUGACGCAGCUCCUGUGACACCAUCGUCAAGGACUCUGUCUUUGCCUCCUCCUUCUCCCCGUGAAUCCCAGUUGCCGUCAACCCCUAAUGGAGCUCAACAGUCGCAUGGUCCACUUCAGCACACUCAGUCUAUGUCGGGCUUGAAGGAGAUCAGGGAAGGAUCUAGCAGCCGCGAGACUUCCUCCAACGGAACACAUUCUGGAGAAGACAUGGGAAACACAAGUUCGGGACUGUUUAGUAUGUUCUCAUUACCAAGACUAGGGAGGACUCGUAGUGCGGUCAACGCAGUGCCUGCGAACUCUACUGGACCCCAGUAG